AUGACUUCCACAUCGUCGUACUCUUCCUCGUCGUCGGCGACGCAUUCGUUUGAUUAUGUAAUCGUAGGGGCGGGUCCGUCGGCCAUGGGACUCUUGCUCGGCCUCCUCGACGCCGCGGAGCACCAGUCGAUUGGCCUCCUCUCGAUCGCCAUUGUGGAUCACGGUGCAUUCUCCCCACAUUCCCAACCCCACCGGAUCGUCCGUGACCUCCGUCACUGGUACCGCGCCGCACACGACGAAACCUCGAGCGUCACGAACGUCUACCACGGAACGACUCGGUCGGGACGAGUCUUGGACGUGCCGGUAGGGCGGGGGAGGGGUGGCACUUCCAACGUUCACGCUGGACUCUGUCUAGCCCCCACCCGUGACGACUUGGCCGCCUGGCCCGCUCCAUGGGAUACACGGCUCCCGCAAGCCCUACAAUACGUCCAAAAGACGCUUCGUCGUCACGGAUGUGUCCACGAUUCCGAUACGGCGCGACCGCGACUGCGUGACGGUCAAGGGAGCGUCGUCGCCGGUGACGAAGCUAUCAACGCCACGAACGUUCCAUCGCUCCGAACUAUUCUUCCCUGCUUGGCACGAAAUAACGGGACACACAUAGAACGCUGCAACUACUACCAAGCGUUGGUAGCUCCGCUGCUCUCCCGCAAUUCCUCACGGGCCCCCAAGCUACAUUGGUUUGACGGAUGGCAAGCCCAACGGUUGCUCUUCGACGAAAAACAGAACAUUGACAAAUCGUCAUUGAGAGUCAGCGGAGUUGUGUGCGAGCGAAAUGGUAUACUCCAGAUCUUGUACGCUCGUCGAGAAAUUAUCUUGUGUGCCGGGGCGAUAGAAACUCCCGUCCUACUCUUGGCGUCCGGCGUGGGUCAGAGGAACGAUCUGGCCGCUGCUGGAAUUCCUUCGACCGUCUCGGAACAUUAUCGAGGAGCCGUCGGCCACAACUUGCGCGAUCAUGUUCUUAUCCCCCGAGUCUACGUCACUUGGCCGUGCUGGAAACCCACGCUGUCGCUGAAUGGCGUCGAAGCCAUAUGGCAAUUGGCCGUUCACCAAGCACAAUUUCAAAUUGUCGUGAUGGACGCUGCGGUCUAUUCCGACGUACUACCCUACGUUGUCACUAACGUGCUUCGUGGUUCGAGGGCGUGGCCCGUCGUUGGGUGCAUCCAAUCUUGGCUACUCCAUGCUCUGCGCGUACUUUUGCAGUGCGUCAUCGCUUACACCCCAAUGUACUGGUUGCUCCGGUCCUGUGUCACGACAGUGGGAAUUUUUCACAUGAACCCCGCUUCGACUGGAAAAAUCACUGUUACACUCGCACGGACUCGUUCAACGCUCACUUCCCCACCAUCAGCAGAGGGUGUUCAGAGACGUAAUCUAGACAUCCAAAUAGAGCUGCCCUACCUUCGGGAUCCAGACGACGUGGCGGUCGCCCGGGUUGGCUGGGUGACCUGUACUGCUCUAGUCAGCCAACUGAUAGGGGGGCUUUCACUUCCUCCGAAUGGGUUGGUGCAUAAGCGAUGGUUCGAACGCUUCGCCCUAGCGACAUGUCAACCGUAUUUCCACUGGCACGGUACCUGUGCUAUUCAACGAAACCAGCAAGAGACGAACUGGGUGACCGAUUGGCAACUGCGCCUACGGGAUGUUGGGGGUGUACGUAUUUGUGAUGCGUCAAUUAUGGCUAGUCCUAUUUCUGUACCCCCGGGAUUGACGCUGGCCGCGUUGGGGUACGCAUUUGCUGCGCUACUAUUAGAAGAUAGGCGUCAAGUCCAUGAAUUUGCAGAUUCGCAACCGUGA